GGAAACGGUGCGCCAGUAGCGACGGGAGCCUCAUCUCACUUCGAAGUUGCUCACCGACCCGAACAGAAGAACCUCCUCCGCUUCCAACUUUUUAUUCGUGUCCUACAAGCUCCGCUUUAUCCACCAUGCCAUCGUCAUCGGAGGACAUGGUGCUGGUCACCGGUGCGGGUGGCUACAUCGGAGUUCACGUCGUCCGGGCGCUCCUCAAGCAUGGAUUCCGCGUCAGAGGAACUGCACGCAACCCGAAAAACGAAGCCAAGACAAAGCACGUACGGGAAUGCUACCCAGAGGCCAAACAUCCAGUGGAGAUCGUGGAAGCGGACCUACUAAGCGAUGCAGGCUGGGCUGAAGCGGUCAACGGAUGUAGCUAUGUGGUCCAUGUGGCGUCUCCGUUUCCCAACGCAGAACCAAAUCACCCGGACGAUGUCAUCAAGCCCGCCGUUGAAGGUACAAAGAGGGUCUUGAAGUUCGCCGCUGAAGCUGGUACCGUUAAGAGGGUCGUAGUCACCAGCACGAUGGCUGCCGUGCACGGUGAAGUUGAUGACACAGGCGACAGGGUCUUCGACGAAAACGACUGGACAAAUACCGAAUGGAAAGGUCUCGAAGCGUACGCGAAAAGCAAGACGCUCGCCGAGAAGGCCGCCUGGGACUUUGUCGCCAGUCUUCCAGAAGGGAAACGCUUUGAGUUGGCGACCGUCAACCCAUCCCUAGUCCUAGGGCCCGUCCUCCACGGAACGUACGGCACGAGCGUGGAAGUUAUCAAACGUCUCUUGGACAAAACGACACCGCUGAUCCCGUACGUGAACUUUGCCAUCUGCGACGUCAGAGAUGUCGCCAAGGCGCACGUGAAAGCUCUGACCGUGCCAGAAGCUGCGGGAAAGCGUCACAUCAUCAACACGGGGAACUUGUGGCUCAAGGAUGCGGCUUCCAUGCUUCGUGAAGAGUUCUGGGCUCAGGGCUACUACAUCCCAUUCUUAUCGUCGCCUAACAUCGGUAUCUGGUUCGUGGGGCUGAUCGACAAGUCAGCCCGGAUGUUGUACCCGCGGCUGGGCAAGGUCUACAAGUUCAGCAACAAGAGAAUGCAAGACGUGUUUGGCAUUCGCCCGCGCUCCAUAAGGGACACGGUCAGCGACACGGCGCACGGCCUCAUUCAGGCUGGAAUCGUUUCUAAGGCACCCAAGUACCAGGCGAAGCAACUCAGCAUGGAUUAGACAGAACUCGGACAAGAGGGUCACGGGUUGGUUUUUUGUCACGCGACGUCUAAAAUUCGUGUGCAAAGCGUGGAAUAGAAGGGCAGCGGGAUAAUGUCUUUUACCGUAUACGUUUUACUUUUGCUAGCUGUACGCGCUGUUUGUGCGGUAAAGUUAAUUAUGCGGUUUCCAAGGAAGCCAUAUGCCUACCUAUACUCUCCACCUGGAAGCGUCUCGUUGAAUUCGAAUUGAACAGCGUUUUUUAUUGACGUGCAAACAUGUGCCGUGUAGACACGCCGAGUCCUUCGCUAUAUAGACCUAACCGAGUGUAACGCUUCCGUGUGAGGCAGGCAUGGGACCACCUGUAUAAGAUGAAUUUGUUCGUUACAAGAAAAGAGGAAACCGCAGUUCACGUUUUUCGUCGUUUUAAAAGGUUCGCUUUAAUUGACAUCUACUUCAAGGAGGCCGUCGGUUAUUGUUUAUCAUGGAGGGAAAGAAUUAAGUUACGCUCUUCGACUUUGCUGGCAGUGAUUUUCCGGAGCUGCUUUGGUGCUUGCUGGUGGUGUGUUACCGAGUUGCUGUGGCAUCGCAGCAAAUUCACAUUUUAAUGACGGCUGCUCGUGCGAAUAUCGUCGCAAUUUUCGAACAAACUAAUUACCGUACACAAAAUUGUACCGCUCUUAAAACGAAGAUCGCGCUGUGUAUCUUACCCUAAACAUUUCACAUAUAUGUCAUCGCAUAUCAUUGAAUCUUCGUAUCUCGCUGAUGUGCUCUUUCUAAUUAACUCACGAUCGCGAUUGUAUGAUACCCGAACUUAAAUAACGUCGUGUAUGGCUUUUAUGAUCUUUUCGAGGGUCGUCGUAUGCACGCGUUUCCAGUUUUACAAACGCAACUGUUUAUUACUUCGGUGUAAAUUAUUUUUGUACUCGUACGUUGUACGAACGUAUUCUGAUGUGAUUCUUUUUACGAUCAUAGUGUGCUUUAUGUCUAAUAAAAAUCUGUCUACUCUUCAUGGCAACUUA